AUAAUAAUUCGUUAUUAAGUAAAAUGCUGUUUUCACCGUGACGAUAUUUGCUAGAAUGGAAUAGUCACUGAAAACUGGGAAAUAGCUAGGAAUAAAAUUCGUAUCUGAAACCAUGAUUCAUUGAUAUCACAUAUUUGGUGGGCGGUUAGAACCAUAGUACAUGUGGCCUGAGUGAUGCGUGAACUUACAGAGAUGGCAGAAUUGUAAGAACAGGCUACAGAACAGAUAAAUUAAGGGGAACUGAAAACUCUCAGGAAUUGGAAUAAUUAUCCAUUUUUUAUUGUGAAUUAGUGCAGUGAGGCUUAGUGCUAUAUGCUGAUAAACCUUUUGUGCCAACAUUACUUUUCGUUCGACCAUUACAUAACAUAUCACUUAAUUUUACUUACCUUUCAGUAGCAUGCUUAUGCUAUACACACUUAAUAAAUAAAAUCCUGCUCAAAUAUUAGUUCCAUGUGUCGUCUGAUAGUUGUCAAUACAUAUAAAUUGAAAAUUUUUCUUAAAAUUAACAUUUGCUAGACGUCUAAACUACUUUUCUGAUCUUUGUAGACUGUGAGUGAGUAAACAGCAAAACACAUUGUCAGGCGAUGAGACCUGUUUUAGCCAAUCAAUGGCUACUUAAUAGAAAGGAAAUUAAACAAAAUUAAAGAUUACAAUAUCAAAAUAAGUUUUAAACUUUCAUAGUUUUUGAAAUGCAGAUGUUUUUCAGUUAGAUAGUUUACAAAGUAGCAAAUUCAAAAUGUAUGGCAGCAUUUCCGCUAAAUUUGAAACGAUAAGAAAUUUUAGACCAUAGCACGGUGGUUAGAAUAUAAGAUAUAUAACAAUGCGGUAAUGGGCGACUAAUCUACGAUCAUUUGUUUAAAAUUAGCAGUUUCAGUAUGUUAUUUGCACGUAAAUUAUUACGAUAUUUUUGUGUUAUCGUCAUUUUCAUAUUCGUCAUUUUAGCGGUUGAUUUCUACAUACCACGAAGAGUGAUAGACGAUGAAUUGGACGAAAAUUCCGUACGGGAAGACAACACAAUGGUAGCUCUGGUAAACAAUGAUGAAACUCUUCCUGCAAUUUUGAGAGAAGCCGAUAAAUACCUCGAUCCAUCAGAAAAACCAUUAAUCCUCAAAGAAAAUAAGAAAAGUAGUCCAAAAAUAAAAAUUCAAAGAAAAAAGAAAAUUCAAAGUAAAAUAAAUACCUCAUUCAGUACAUUAAAAACAACCAGUACCUCACCCAGGUUCGAUCAAGACCAACUUAGAAUAAAUGAAAUGAUAGAGUGGGAAUUACCUCAAAGGAAGACGAAAGUGAAAGUUACCCCAAUAGGCUGGGCCUAUAAAGGACCGAACAAUAUAAGAUGCAAGGUGAAUGAAGUUGGUUGUUUUUUACCUACUGAAAAUCUGGUAAUAACUGAAAAAAUAAAAAGAAUAAUAUUUUCGAACAUGACCGAUUGGAUUUGUAUAGAGAUGUGCUCAAAAAGCAUGCCAACUAAAGGUCGCAAACUGUUAGACAUCGUGUUUGCAAAUAUCAGAAAUGGCAAUGAAUGUUUAUGCAGUUUUGGAACAUCUUCAUUUGAAACAAUUGUAUCACUAGAAGAAGUAAAUAAAUGUGAUGUACCGUGUGUCGGAGAUUCAUCGAUCAAAUGCGGCGGAAGAAGAAAUAUCACUAUGGUUUAUAGAGUAUUGCCAAAAUGUUUACCGGCACCUACACUAGAAAGAGUAAUCACCGAACAAGUGAAACUUGGUUGUCAUUGGAAACCACUGGAUUUUGAACCAUACAUGGAAGAAUAUUUCAUAACUGCUAAUCAGUCAACGCUUGCUGCAAAAUGUCUUUUGCUCUGUGAAAGUAAAGGAUUGAUUAUCGCAGUUCCGCUUUUGCAUGAUCGUUGUUACUGUGGACUAACUACUUCCAGCUUCAAUUUACAAAAUCCUGUUGAAGAUACUUUGUGCAAAAAGCAUAAAAACGAUUAUGUGAUGGUAUAUCGAACGCAAAGCGAAGACCGUAGGUGUGCUAAAAGACGAUUUCUUAGAAAGGGAGAAAUGUACAGAAAAAUUGCUCUGGCUACUUUCCCAGGAUCAGGAAACACCUGGAUGCGUUAUCUUAUCGAAUCGGCAACGGGUAUAUAUACUGGUAGCAAAUAUGGCGAUCGUAGUUUAGCUGCAGGAGGAUACAUCGGAGAAAUACCUUCCAUGCAUAGCUACAAACUAGCAGUAAUUAAAACUCAUCAACAAAUCGACAUAAAUAACUCGUCUUUUGAUGCCGUAAUAAAUGUUCAUCGAAAUCCGUAUAAUGCAAUUCUAUCAGAAUUUAAUAGAAGAUCGACAAACAGACAUACCGCUGCUGUUGACUCGGACAACUUUGACCGAGAAGCAUUUUCUCAAAUAAUCAUGGGACAGUUUCCUAAAAAAUGGAGAUUCACAACAAGAGUUGCAGUUCAAACUAAUAAAUCAAAGUUGAUAUUUGCAUUCGAAGAUGCCGUGGAAGAUCCGAUUAAAUACGCUGAAAAAAUGGCAAGAUUCAUAAUGGGAGAUCAUAUAGACGAAAAUGAUUUACAAAAUCGUCUUCUUUGCUUGCAACUAGCUUCCACUGGUGAUUUUAAAAGGAAAAAAAGACCAUUAAAAUUUGACCCGUUCCCAGAUGAAGCGAAAAUACAAAUUAAUGAACAAAUCGAACUGCUCGAUUCUACAUUGCAAAAAGCUGGACUAGAGCCGUUGCCAGACUACAAGAGGUCACCAUCAAGUAGGUGAUAAUGUAUUGCAAUAUGAAUCUUUUCACUGUCAAUGCAACAGAGUGAGAAAAUCUCUCCUAAAAUGAAUGGAAAGACAACGAGACUCAAAAUACAAUCUAACUAAGUCUUUGCCUUGUUGUUGUCAAAGGCUACUGAUAUCAAAUCUACGAAACGCAAAUACAAAUUGAAUAUCACAAAUAUUUUUAUGUGGCUUAUAACAAGCAACGCAAUAUCAUUAGCCGUUUGAUGAAUGUCGUAUAUUUGUUUCGUAGUUUGAAUAAUUGUAAUUUAUUUCGCUUAUUGUUUGAUAUUCAAACACAUCGUUCGUGUAUUAAUGUUUUUCAAAUUAUUUAUUUAUAUUUAUAGUUAAAGAGUAGAUGGGACAAAAUAAAUACCUUUUAUUCAUGUU